AUGCAUCUUAACGGGGAGAAAGCACCGUACGAGCUGCUCGAACAGCCACAAUCUGCGCCAAAGCAUAUCAAAAUCAUCCAUGUCGGCGCAGGAGCAGCCGGGAUGUUGGCAGCCUACAAGGCGAGACGAAUGCUAGAGAACUACGAAUUGGUGUGCUAUGAAAAAAACCCCGUGCCUGGAGGUACUUGGUGGGAGAACAGAUAUCCUGGCUGUGCUUGCGACAUAGCUGCUCACACCUAUACAUUUUCUUUCGAACCAAAUCCGGAAUGGUCGAGCUUUUAUGCCUAUUCACCCGAGAUUCAAGAUUAUAUGAUGCGCUUCUAUGAGAAAUACGAAUUGGCUCCGUUUGUGAAGCUGAACACUGAGGUUGUUGGUGCCGGCAUGUUGAACUUCGCCGAGAUGGUGAGACGUUCUACGAUACAUGUCACGUACUCAUCAAUGGAAGCGGAGUGGUCAACCGAUGGAAAUGUUAGCCUGGCCCUGAGAGUCGAGAUUCUGGUACGUUUCGCUGAUUGGGCGGAACAUGUCACGGUCUUCAUGCGCAACUGUACGUGGAUCGCGCCCCAGAUCGACGAAGACGUGCAGAAAGCGGCGGAAGACGGCGAAACUCCCGCCCCUGCCGGCAAGCACUACUACACGGCACGCGAAAAAGAGCACUUUCGGUCCGACCCGGAUUUCCACCUGCAGUACCGUAAGAGCCUCGAGACCAGAAUGGCACGCAAGUUCGAUCUGUUCCUUCGCGGGACGGAGACGAACGUCAAAGCGCGGGUCGCGAUGCGGGAGAGCAUGAUGAGAAGAAUCGGCCCGGGCCACGAGGAACUCAAGGAAAAACUCAUCCCCGCGUGGUCGCCCGGGUGCCGGAGACUCACCCCGGGGGAAGGCUAUCUCGAGGCCCUUGUGCGACCGAAUGUAUCGACGAUUCACGAAGAGAUCGAACGGGUCACUCCCACGGGCCUGGUCACCAGCAGCGGGAAGGAGGUCGAGGUGGACAUUAUCGCCUGUGGCACCGGCUUCUACGUUUCUUACGUGCCGCAUUUCAAAAUCGUCGGGACUAACGGCGUGGUUAUGCAGGAGGAUUGGGCGGAUGAGCCCAAUAUCUAUUGCAGUAUUUCAGGCCCUGGGUACCCCAACUACUUCGUCGUCAAUGGCCCUCGGGGCAACUGGGGUCAGGGCUGUGCCUUGCCAUCCCACGAAGUCCAGAUCGAGUACGCCUUGCAGUGCGUGAAGAAGAUGCAAGAAGAUCGGAUCAAGGCGAUGGAAGUUAGACAGGGGCCAACGACCGAUUUCAACGAACACGUGGACAAGUGGCACGACAAGUACUCGGUCUGGCGAGAGGACUGCAAAAGCUGGUACAAGAAGAACACGAAGGCAGGCCGCGUCUACAUUUGGGGGGGCUCCAUGCUGCACCACCUCAAGGCGCUCCGCGUACCGCGGUACGAGCAUUACGAGAUGAGGUACUGGGAAUCCAACUGCUUCGCAUUCUUGGGCUGUGGGAAGACGGCACAGGAGCUGGAGCCCGAAGGAAAGGAUCUCGCUCCGUUUUUGAGGAACGCAGAUACCCCUUGGGAGUGCUAG